CACUACAAUAAUAUUCCAGGGAAUCAGGGCUGAGAACAUUAGAGAUGGGGAAGAAGAAGACGUUCAGCAGUUUGGAGGUGACUCUGAUCGUUCUGUUUGUACUGAGCGUGUGCGUGUCUGCUGGGCUCAUCGCUGCUCUCUUCAUCCUGCAGAGGGAUUAUAAUGAUCAAAGUACAACAACUCCCCGCCCACUAACGACCCAAUCUACAGCAAAACCAACAACCACCACCACAAAACCGUCCCUAACAACAACCACAAAACCAUCGCCAUCAACCUCUGAUCCCUUCCCAGAUGCCUCUCUCAUUGGUGUUGGCAGAGCGGACUGCACCGGCCUUUUGGCGGAUGUCCCCUUGAUGGGAUAUGCUAGUAGUGACCAACUGGCCGGAGGAAUCCACACCCGGCAGUACAGCCGUGCCUUCAUUAUAGCAGAGCCGGAUAAUUCCAAGCGGUUGGUGUACGUCAGUGCUGAUAUAGGGAUGGUGUCCCAAAGAGUCCGCCUGGAGGUAAUGGAAAAGCUGAAAGCCAAAUAUGGGAAUCUCUACAGACAAGAGAACGUCAUACUGAGUGGCACCCACACCCACUCGGGGCCUGCGGGGUAUUUCCAGUAUACCACCUUCAUGUUGACGGGCAAGGGAUUUAUCAGACCAGCCACUGACGCCAUUGUGAAUGGGAUUGUCAAGAGCAUUGAUCAAGCCCAUCAAAACAUGAAGAGGGGUAGGAUUUUUCUGAAUAAAGGCACAGUCGAGAACAGUCAACUUAACCGCAGUCCCAGCUCCUAUCUCCAGAACCCAGAGUCAGAGAGGCUCAGGUACCCAUCCAACACAGACAAAGACAUGGUGGUCCUGAAGAUGGUAGAUAUGCACAACCAGGACAUGGGAAUAAUCAGUUGGUUUGCAGUUCACGCAGUCAGCAUGCCCAACGUCAACCACCUGAUUAGCAGCGACAACCUGGGCUAUGCCUCCUACCUGUUUGAGCAAGAAAAGAAUAGUGGAUACUUGCCCGGUGAGGGACCAUUUGUUGCUGCCUUUACAACAUCCAAUCAUGGGGAUGUAUCGCCAAAUACCAAGGGGCCUUGGUGCAUAAACACAGGGGACUCAUGUGACAAUCCAGGCAGCACCUGCCCCAUUGGAGGGGUAUCAACGUGCGUUGCACUGGGACCUGGAAAUGAUAUGUUUGAAAAUACCAAAAUAAUUGGGGAACACAUUUUCCAGAAGGCUAAGGAGCUGUUCAGUAACUCUUCCAGGGAACUUGAGAAAAGGGUGGAUUUUGCUCAUCAGUGGGUGGAUAUGAGCAACGUGACCGUGCAGCUGAAUGGGACUCACUCUGCAACAACCUGCAAGCCUGCCCUGGGCUACAGCUUUGCUGCUGGGACCAUUGAUGGACCUGGAUUAAUCAACUUCACCCAAGGAGCCGUGGAAGGGGACCCGUUUUGGGAUGGGAUUCGUGAUGCUAUUCUGGGAGUUCCAUCCAAUGAAACCCAGGAGUGCCACAGUCCCAAACCCAUCCUGAUAAACACAGGAGAGAUGUCUCGGCCGUUACCAUGGCAUCCCACCAUAGUUGACGUUCAGAUGUUCACCAUUGGGUCCCUUGCGAUGCUUGCGGUUCCGGGAGAGUUUACAACCAUGUCGGGAAGACGACUGAGAGAAGAUGUGCAAAAGGUACUGGACCCGGCUGGAACCCAAGACGUGCAGGUUGUGCUCUCCGGGCUGUGCAAUGUAUACACACAUUACAUUACCACCUUUGAAGAGUAUCAGGCUCAGAGAUAUGAGGCAGCAUCUACAAUCUAUGGGCCCCACACACUGGCAGCCUACCAGCAGCUGUUCCGGGGCUUGGCCAGAGCUAUUGUGGAGAACAAAGUUGCUGAGCUGCCAAAAGGUCCCCAGCCGCCAUUUUUCAAUGAAAGUCAACUCUUCAGCUUCUUAUUACCUGUUCCGGUAGAUAAGGCUCCUGGAAACACAACUUUUGGGGAUGUUCUGGAAGAGGUCAAGCCUCAAUAUACAGUCGGGGAAGUUGCUUCGGUGACAUUCGUAACUGGAAACCCGAGGAGUUCAGUUGAGCACUUGGCUGGUAAAACCUACCUGGCGGUGGAGAAGUACAACAAAGACACAGGAGAAUGGCACACUGUACAUAAUGAUGCCUCCUGGGAGACCCGAUACUACUGGAAUAAAGUCAGCCGUGAUCAGAGCAAUGGCACAAUGGAAUGGCAUAUACCUCCAUCAGCUCAGCCUGGCAUCUACAGGAUCCACCAUUUUGGACACUACAAAGAGCGCAACUUGCCUGUUACUAUCAAACCAUAUGAAGGCAUUUCCUCUGAGUUUGAAGUCACCGCUCCCUAAAGCUGAUGGACAGAACCUUGUAUCCAUAGUAACAGUUCUGCCUUUGACUGACUAAGAUGAAUGCAAUGGUGUUAUUGGCCAAGUUUUGUUGUAUCUUUGUGCUGAAAAUGGAUAUUUGCCUAUAUUGAAGUUUGCAUUGAGCUGAUUUGGCAGAUUUUACUGUGAAAAUCACACUGAACCACA